GCUUGUCAUAUUUAGCACCUUUCAAUUUCACAGUCCGGCAACCUAGAGCAGAAACAAAAAGUCAUCUUCUCUGGCGGCGUUUAGCAUUUUGCAAAAUUUUCAUUCCCAGCUAAAGUAAUUAAAUUGAACAAGAUCCGAAGGCACCAUGUCAAUUUUAGCUUAUAACGGAGGAUGUGUUGUGGCGAUGCGCGGCAAGGACUGUGUGGCCAUCGCCACGGAUCACCGUUUUGGAGUGCAGGCCCAGACCAUCUCGACGGACUUCAAGAAGGUGUUCCACAUCGCCCCUCGUAUGUUUCUGGGACUCACAGGCCUCCAAACAGAUAUCCUCACUGUUCGCGAUCGCCUGAUGUUCCGCAAGAAUCUGUAUGAGACGCGCGAAAAUCGCGAGAUGGCCCCCAAACCCUUCUCAGCCAUGUUGUCCAGCUUCCUAUACGAGCACCGUUUUGGCCCGUAUUUCAUUGAACCAGUGGUGGCAGGUCUGGAUCCACAUACCCUCAAGCCCUUCAUAUGCAACAUGGAUUUGAUUGGUUGCCCCAACGAACCUGUUGACUUUGUGGUAGCCGGCACCUGUGCGGAGCAGUUGUACGGCAUGUGCGAGACCCUCUGGAGGCCAGACUUGGAGCCUGACCAGCUGUUCGAGGUGAUCGCCCAGUCUAUGAUGAAUGCUUUCGACCGCGACGCUAUGAGCGGUUGGGGCGCCACGGUCUACAUCAUUGAGAAGGACAAGAUUACGGAGCGCUCACUGAAGACCCGCAUGGACUAGAUGAUGUUAAGAGUUCUCUUGGUGAUUUUGCAAACAAUUUUAAGAGAAAUAUACAUAUAUACAAAUAAAAUUUGUUUAGGUACAAACUAA